AUGGAGAUGGUCAAUGGGACCGCAGUACAGGAAUUCAUUUUGCUGGGAUUUGGAGUUGAGAAGCCAAAGAGAUUCCUACUUCUCAUUUUCUUAAGCAUCAUCUAUGUGAUCACUUUAGUUGAGAACAUCACCAUCAUCACAUUGGUGUCCCUAGAUGCCCACCUGGCCCAGAUUCCCAUGUACAUCUUGUUAAGCAACUUUUCCUGGCUGGAAAUAUGCUAUGUGACUACCACUGUACCCCGUCUGCUGUUUGACCUGGCUGUUCCUCAUGGAAUCAUCUCCUUCCAGGCCUGUUUCCUCCAGUUCUACAUCUUAUUCUCUCUCGGCACCACUGAAUUCUUCUUCCUUUCUGCCAUGGCUUUGGAUCGGUACUUGGCCAUCUGCCACCCACUGCGCUACCCACAAAUCAUGUCCCCAAAUUCCUGCUAUUCCCUGGUGGCCAUUUGUUGGGUCCUUGGCUUCCUGGGAUAUGUUGUCCCAGUUAUUUUGACGUCCCAGCUAUCCUUCUGUGGACCUAACAUCAUUGACCAUUUUUUAUGUGAUCCUGGGCCAAUUCUGUCCUUGGCCUGCCCUCCUCUUGGAAAUGUUCCCCUUAUAUGCCAAAUUGUCAUUCAUGGUCUGUUUUUAGGCAAUGUCUUAUUUGUUGUGCUAUCAUAUGGCAUAGUAAUUUUUACCCUGAUGAAAUCCUCUAACCAAGGCAGUCGUCAGAAGGCCUUCUCCACCAUAUCAAUGCACCUGUUAGUGGUGACCCUUUUCUAUGGCACAGUGGGAGCAAUGUACUUAAUUCCGGGUGGAGAAAGCCAGUCAGCCAUCAGCAAGGCAGUCACACUCUUCUAUGCUGCCAUUACACCUUUUCUCAAUCCCCUGAUCUACUCUCUGAGGAACAAUCAGGUGAAAGAGGCAUUGAUGAAGUUGCUGAGGAGAAGGUUGAGAUGGCUGACAACAGAGGUCACAGGGUAA